UAUUAAUGAAAAAUAAAUUUGUCAAUAAGAACGUCUUAAGAAUAUACAAUGGUAACGGAUGUGUGGUUCAUUUCUAAGUAUGAUUAUAGAUUUACAGUGACCAAGGAUAGACAAUGACCUUCUUUGGGGAUUAAUGUUGGGUGGUAACUUAAACAUAAAACAAACAAAAUGGGAAGAAAGAAGAUUAGUAUCACCCGAAUCAACGAUGAAAGAAACAGACAGGUUACAUUUACCAAGAGAAAGUUUGGAUUGAUGAAGAAAGCAUAUGAAUUAAGUGUCCUGUGUGACUGUGAGAUAGCUCUGAUUAUUUUCACCAGCAAUAACAAGCUGUACCAGUAUGCUAGUUCUGACAUGGACAGAGUAUUACUGAAAUACACUGAGUAUAAUGAUACAGUUGUCAGCCAAACAAACAAGGAUAUUGUAGAGAUGCUGAACAAAAAAGACAUCUCUGGUGAUGGAAAUGGAGAUGAUGAUGACAACUAUGUACUUACACCAAGGACUGAGGAAAAAUACAAAAAAAUAGAUGACGACUUCAAAAAAGCCAUGGAGCAGGGAGUGAAUCAAGGACAGUAUCAACAGAUGAAUGUUACAGUUCCUGUUGGUCAACCUGUACAGAAUGCAGCCUUCUCCUUACAACAACAGGCUGCUCUACAACAGUUACAAAAUUUACAGCAACAGGCCCAACAACAAGCUAGCCAAGCAUCAACUUCUUCUGUUGUCAUGUUACAACCUAAUACUACACAUACUGUGUCACCUUCAUCCAGUACCCAGUCAGUAAAGGUUGUGCAUACAGACCAAAGUACAUCAGAGACUCCCAGUAGGGGAUUUGUCCUGCCUUCAGGACUUAGUCUCAGCAAAGAAAUGAUUCAGAUGUUAACAAACCCACAACCACAGACACAAGCUGAAAAAGAAAAACCAAGACUUAGAGUUGUUAUACCAAGUAAAGAUCCCAAUAAAGAUUCCUCAUCAGGACAGGGUUCAAGUAAAUCAGGAUCAUUAGACACACCAUUAGUUUCACAGGCCACGCCAAGUCAACAGAUCAAUACAUCACUUCCUUCAGCAUUACCUUCUGGCCUACUACCUAGUGAUUUAAGGAUAGAUAGCACUGAUUUGGCCAACUUAUUGGCCCCUUGGAAUCAAAACCCUGGACCACUGACAGCAGCCAUACAGUCCUCUGGCCUUACAUUGACACCAAGUGGACUGACUCCUACCACACUGAGUCUACAGAAUUUGUUAAUUCCUGCCAACCAGGCAGCUGCUUUACGAUUGUUAGAACAACAGAAAAACGUUAAAACAGAACCCUCAUCACCACUGAAACGAUCGUCUGCCGAAGAUAGUGAGGACGACAGGGAAGAUGAAGGAGACCCACCAGAGAAAAAAUCAAGAUCAACAUCAAAUCGGUGAUGAGGGCUAGAUUUUAACCAUGUACAUAUGUAAAAAGUUGUAGCAAUAAGUGAGAUUCUUACAUCAUGUUUAUAAAUAGAACUGUAUGGAAUGUAUGAUAACUUUAAUAGUGCUAUGAGGUAUGAACAAAGAAUGAGAGAUUUCAUAUGAAAUAAAAUUAGUUUUUCCUCAUAAAAUGAUCUGAUCAUUGAACCAUAUAAUGGUUUUGUUUAUGAAACAUAUCAUCCGUUAAUUUGAUCACCAAUUGACAUUGAUCACUUUAUAUGCAUCUCAUAUUUCAUAUUAUUGUAUUGUGAAUGUCAAAACUAAAUAGAAUACCUAUGUUUAACUGAUGAAAACAAAGCUUUUUAAUUCAACACUAUUAACUGAUGUGUAAUGGAUAAUUCAAAUUUGAUUCUGUUGGUUAAUGGUUUUUUUUACUACAUAUUUAUAACUUCUGUUGCCAUAAGUAAAUUUUACAGAACCCACAUCUGCCUUAAAACUGUUUUUGGUUUGUCAAAUUUUAUCCAUAAGCAUUUCCAAAACAAACACAAAACCUAAAGAUAACAUUUUAAUCUAAAAGUAUUAAUAUGAAUUAUAUAUUUUGUUAGUGAUGAUUAUAUGCAGUUAUCAGGAACAAUAUUUCUCAACAUUUCAGUACUAUAUUAGAAUGCAGAUAUUUGUAUUGUUGAUGUUAACUUUUUUUACUGUCAUAAUUUUUGUUAAACUUUAAUCCACUGUUUGCCAUUAUCUAAACUCAUUUUAAAACAGUAUAUUGCAAUUUUUAUGCUAGUAAAGCCUACAUUAAAAUAUAAUUAUCUAAUAAUUAGAUAGUUAGUGCAUAGACAAUCCCUUCCCUGCUCAGACUUAAUCCAGAUCUUAUCAUGACUUAUCCACAAUAUUGUGAUGUAGAUUAGGUUAUCUCCCUUUGUACAGAUUAUAUGCUACAAUAGUGUAUAGUAAUACAUGAAGAUGAUCUGAACAAUGAAUACUAUAACCAUUAUUAAUUAAUUGUUAUUAAAACAUCCCAUAUGUUCGUACUACACGAGAUAAGUAACAAGAUAUAUUAAAUUGAUACAGUAAAAGUUCAUUUGUUUGUUAAUUCCAGUUGCCAUGGUUAAUUGUGAGUUUGUGGAAUUCAUUGGAAAGACGUAUAAUGUUAAGUGUUCAAAUAUAUAAGAACACCUUCAAAAAUGUAUGUACUACAUUUAUUUGAUCGAGAUAAUGAAUUUAAUAAUGUACUUUCAAAACUGUAUUUGUGAUGUUCUGAGAUAAUGAUUUUUGUUAAGAAUUCUUGAUUGUGCCUUUCAUUAUUAAAGAUACCAGUGAAUUCUCAUAUAAGUGAUUUCUACAACAAAAAUUUUUUUUUUCUUUUUUUUUUUUGAUAAAAGUUUGAAAAGAUUUAAUUUUUUUAGUGCAUGUAUAAAUACCAUAUGAUAUUAUAAUAUCAUGAGCUAUUUAAUUUUUACUUAAAAAACUUUAAAAAAGUCUUUCUACUUGUUUUAAAUGAAUAUUAUUAAAUUAUUUUAUACUUGAAUUAUUGAAGUUAUUGUCAUGUCAAUUGUUUAUGCCCUUUAUUAGAAAAUAAAACCUUAUGAUGCACAAUUUUAUAGUAAGUACACUAAAAUUGAAUUCGCUAGUAUCAAAUAGAAUGCAAGAUAAAAUGUAUACAGUGCAAGUUGGAAUCAUGGUAUAUAGCAAAGAAAAGUUGUGUAUGUGUGUGUUGUUUACACCGGUGGUACAUUUUUAUGCACUUUGUCAAAACAUUUUACAUUUUUAUUAUUAGAUAUCUGAAGAAACAUCUAGUGCCAAAGUCUGACAUUAGAUUAAUAAAAUAACAAUUUAUGGUCAAUUAUGAGGGCUUUUAGUCAGUUUAAGAUGAUACUUACAAAAAUGUUUAAAAUGUACAUGGUCACAGGCUUAUUAUAAUUUGAAUAUCAUACUGUCACAAGUUUUAACACUAUAAUCACUGUUUUCACUUGUAUUGAUAAACAACAGAUUUUUGUAAUUUUUCCAGAAGCCUAGUUAAACAUACUUUCAAAAUUUGUUUCAAGAAAUUUAGGUCAUCAUACUUAAUUGCAAAAAAUAUGCAGUUCAAAAUUGUCGCAUAAGUUUAAAGCUGAUAAAAGGGAAGAUAGAAUUGUUUUAUUUGACAUAAAAAAAUGAGCAUAAAAUGCAGAUAAGAUGGUUGUUCGUUAAGAUUAUCACUACUAGUAUAUAUUAAGAGAGAUUGACAUGUUCAAAAUACCCCACAUCUUCUUUGAUUCAUAAAUUAAAAAAUUAAAUUUUGACUUCCAGACAGGUUUAUGUAAUAUCUUUUGGCCAUAAGAAAUCACAUAUGUUCAUCCUUAUUUGUUGUGGUGUAAAAACUGGGGGGAAAUGAAAAAUAUUUACUGUAAAUUCAGAAAUUAUUGCGAUGUUUUUAUUAUUGCAAAAAAUGCGACAGGGUUAUAAUCACAAUAAUGUAAACUCGCAUUUUGAAUUUUUUAUAUGAAUUUAACAGGAUUUUUCUCAAUAUCGCAAAAAUUAAAAUCGCAUUUUAGUCUAAAAUGACAAAAUCGCAAUAAUAAAUUCACGCAAUAAUUUCUGAAUUUACAGUUUACGGUUAUAUGAGAGAGAUAAAAAGUCCCGUUUUAGACGAAGAAUAGGAUUCAGUUUAAUGAUGAGUAAAAGAUAGUUUUAUGCAGAACUAUUUAAGAAUUACAUAUUUUAAAUAAAAAUUUGAAAAAGGUAAAGAUGAAAACCGAAUUUUUUAUUUGUUGGUUUUGAAAUUAUUUUGUUACUUUAUGCAUCAUUGAAAUCCUAUAUCCUAACUGUUUUGUUUAGUUUCUGUCAUGUUAAGAAAUUGUUCCUUUAAUGAUAAUUCUGAUGUUUUUAAUCAGAAGAUUUGUAAAUAAAUAUGUAUAUUAAAAGAUUGAAAAGUU